AUGAUUGGUGCUAUGCCAGCGGUGGCCGUCCGUCAUGAGCGCAGGAGGCAAGAGAAAAGGCUGAAGCGGCCAAGUCAGCUUUAUUUAGGAGGGCAGUGGUUACCGCCACUUCAAGGUUCGCCGCCCACUCCUAGUCCGCACGGGCACAACAAUUUGGAGCCCUUGCCUGAGCUCUACUUAUGUGGCAAGAUAUCCGGGCUGCACGCCGUGGUGGUGUGUCUGUUGUUGGGCGCGGUGGUGCUCGUGGUCGGUCUCGUCCAACUCGUCCCGGGUGCAACGACCACCAACCACAGGUUGGCGUUACUCGUGGCAGGCGCUGCCCUACUUAUACUGGGCUUUAUUUUGGCGGGUGUGAGAUGUUACGUGUUACACUGCGUGCCACUUCCAGUCGAGUCACCGAUCGCAACGCCGAUUCCGCCAGCAAGCGAGCAGACACCCGCUGUACCUAAGGGCACCCUGGACCUUCUGGUAGGCCAUCAAAAUCAGCCGGAGAUGGACGCUUUGAUGCAGCAUCGGGAGCAUCAUCACCACCAUCAGCAUCACAAUUAUCAUCAUCAUAACAACCAUAAGAAGAAACGCAGUUCUCAGGGUUCACAUUCCGAAGAGGCCUAAAAUACAAACGAACAAGAAAAGGCGAAGCAGAAAGGGCGGGAUGGAAUAGGGGGGAAAAAAUGAUCGAGUUACGGGAUCUCGUUUGACGAUUCGUGCAAAAGUCGAAUCUGCGGCGAAGAGAGUUAGGCUAAUUCUACAAUGUGCUUUUUGUUUCCUGUUUCUUGCUGUUCGUCUCUG